AUGCAGAUACUUACGCCUAACACCGACUUAUUCCAUGCACAACGUAGACAUUUUACAUGCAGUGCAAAAACCUCGACGUUGAUCCCAACGAAGCCACUCUCCGUUUCUACGGCGAGGAAAACAAAUAGAGAACAUCUCAGAAAUCUUGAGAACGUUCUUAAAACCUCCUCAACCUCUACAGAUACUCACGACAAUAAUGUAUCUUCUAGCCAAGUACUUAAGACGACAACGUCAACGUCUAAGUUACUAGGAGGUUUGAACUUAGCGAGAAUCUGGCCUCAGAUGAAGGCCGCCGUCGACGAAAUGUCUCCGAAACAUCUAAAGCGGCUUCAAAGACUUCUCUCAAAAUCAUCCGAGGAGCGUUCGCCCAAGAGUAAACUCGGGUCUAAAUGGCGGGAGCUACACGGGUCGAACAACUGGGCCGGGUUGCUUGAUCCUCUAGACGAGGAUCUCCGGCGAGAGCUCGUCCGUUACGGAGAGUUCGUGCAGGCGGCUUAUCACGCGUUUCACUCCGACCCGGAAGGCUCGCCGAGAGACGUCGACGCGUUACCUGACGGAUCAUUUAAAGUGACGAAGAGCCUUCACGCCACGUCAUCCGUUCGUUUACCUAAAUUGAUCGAUGACGUGGCGCUUGAUCUGAGGUGGAUGACUAAACAGACGAGCUGGGUUGGGUACGUGGCCGUCUGCGAUGAUCCGACGGAUGGGGAGGUGAUGGUGGUGGGUGAAACCUCUGCUUCCUCACGGUGUCUUCAUCCGCUUCCACGUCGGACUUCCUUAGGUAAAGGCGUCAACUUUGUCGGUGAAGAUGACGUCAAAUUCACCCGAGUCUUGAUCAACGGCUGA